AUGCCUUGAAUUUUGUCUGAUAUAUUAGGCAAUGACCUAGCCAAUUUAUGAAUUUUAAAAAAUAAAAAUAUGGGACAGGUAUCAUGCAGAACCUGCGACUGCAACUGGAUUGAAAAUAAAACUGAGCUUGAACUCCGAAGUAAUGUAUUUUUUAUAUAGGACUUAUAUUCCUCUCAUCAAGGCUAUAGAGAAACCAUGUCAAUAAUUUUAGGGGAAAAUACCACCCUUGACUCUGAUUUAAUAAAAAACAAAAAAUCAUAUCUUAUUAAAGUUCAAUCUCUAUGAAGAUCCUAUAAAGUGCGGCAAGAUUUUAAAAAACAUUUACGAGCAAAAAGACCUCAUUAUCCUUAUUUUGGCAGCAAUGAAGUGUUUUAUGAUUUAAGCAAGCAUUCAUCUCCGCCUUUAUAUCGAGAGGUAAGACCAGCUAAGGUAUAUCCUAAUUGCGGGGUUUAUAUUGGUGAAUGAAGAGGCUCUUUUCGAGAUGGCCAUGGGGUUAUGUCUUGGCAGGAUGGCUCUAGAUAUGAAGGAAACUGAUCAUGGGGAAGACCAGAGGGUCGAGGAAAAUUUAUUUUUUUAGAUGGCGACAAGUAUGAUGGAAAUUGGCUUAAUUAUUUUUUUAUUGGAGAAAAAAUAAAUCUAGAAGGCUUAGGAGCAGUUCUUUGGAAAGAAAAAGUGAAAGACGGAUACCGUAACUUAUAUUAUAGAGUGACUAUGAUAUAAAUAUGAGCAAACAAGGAAUAGUCCUAGAUCUGCCCCAACAAGCCCUAAAAACCAAAAGAAAAUCCAAGAAAUUCAAGAAAGAUUUACCUAUGUAGAGCGAUUAAUUGAAUCCAAUCUUGGCCGAGCUAUUUCAGCUGUACAAGAUAGAGAAAUGAAUCUGAGAGAAUACAGACAAUUUAAAUAUCCAGAUGGAACAGUUUAUAUUGGAGAAUGAAAUGGAAACUUAAGAGAUGGCAGAGGAAAAGCUAUUUGACCAGAUGGAGAUACAUAUGAGGGAGAAUGAAAAAAUGAUAUAACUUAUGCACCUUAUUAAUCCUUAUCAUUGGGAAAUUUAACUGCUAUAUUGAAUUGAUGUCUUCUACAUCUUAGACAAGGACCAUCAUUACGCUAUUUUAUUGUCAUUUUGUAUUACUUAAAAUUAAAUGAUUCUGGUUAAGCUCUAUAUGAAAAUUAGAAUGGCUUAAGCUUAAUUUUGGAGAUCAAAAGUGAUUUGUUAAAAAAUUGUUGGCAAACGCAAAAUAGGUUGAAAAAUAAACGAUCCUAUUUUUAAAUGGCAUUAUUACAAAAUUAAUUUUAAAAAAUAUAUCUUUCAAAAAUACAUUGCUAGGGUUCAUUUACAUGAGGCGUAAGAACUUCAUAUAGAGUUAUCAUCUAUGACUGCAAACUUUGUAAAUGCAAGUUCAAUUAAUCAGAGUAAAUAUAAUAAUACUUUCUUUAAAAUUAACCACCGCUAAACAAAUUUUUGAUUUCAUAAAUAGUCAUUUUUAAUUUUGCUAGAGUCAAUUCAUAAAUGGCUUUAAGAACUUCAUGCAUCAAUGCUAAACUAAAGAUAGCCUAAUUUAAAAUAAGUUUUAUAAAAAUGCCAUUUUAAAAAUUGGCUUGCUUAUUUUUCAGUCUGCCAGCCAUUUUUAAAUGCCAGUUUUGAUCCCGAAAAUUGGGCUUAAGCCAUUUGCUCUACUGUUCAUAUAGAGUGAGAGGAGAAUCAUUUAAUUAUAAGUAGUAUGAACUUAGAAUAAUAUAGCUUAUAUAUUUAACUCUGAAUGCUUGUUUAAAUUAUGAUGGUUCAAGUCUAAGAUGCAAAGGACAUCAAGUCAAUGUAACAGUUAAAUCUUCAAUAAUAACGAUCAAUAGCAGCGCAUAAGCUAUAAGCAAUUUGGAUGGGGAAGAAAUGUCUGAAAAGACGGAUCAAAAUACAUAGGGACUUACCUUGACAAUCUUAAAGAUGGAGCUGGAAUCUAUGAAUGAGAAGAAGGGACCAAAUAUAUAGGAGAAUGAAAAGAUAACAAUAUGCAUGGUGUCGGGAGAUAUGUCUGGCCAGAUAAAAAGAGCUAUCUAGGACAGUGAGCAGUAGGCAUGAUGCAUGGAUUUGGUGUUUUAGAGUGGCCAGAUGGCAGGAAAUAUGAAGGAGGAUGAUAUCAAGGCAAAAAGCAUGGAGAAGGAGUCACAACCUAUCCAAAUGGAAAAGCCAGUAAAGAUGUGUGGAGGCAUGGGAAAAUCAUAAAGCCUGAUGUGAAUUAA